AUGGCUUCAACUACACCAAACGCAACGCUGGUUAGCUCUACAGUAUGCGUCUUCUUGAAUAAAAACCUGCAUUACAAUAGCAUGUUUUGGAAAGAAAACCCUUUAAACCACGUCUUCCCUGUCUUAAUGCUUCAAGUCAUCUUGUCUGUACUCGUCUUUCGGGUCAUCCAUGUUAUUCUUAGACCAUUGAAACAACCUAAACUUGUCUGCCAUCUCUUGGCUGGUGUGAUUUUAGGACCUUCUGUUCUUGGUCGUAACAAAACAUACAUGGAAAGCAUGUUUCCAGCAAAAGAAGAGGUGGUAAUUGCAACAUUGUCACAAGUGGCGUCUAAUUUAUAUACUUUCAUCGUAUGUAUCAAAAUGGAUACAAUAAUGUUAACAAGAGCAGCCAAACAUACAUGGAAACUUGGUGUAUGUUGUCUUGCUUUUCCUAUUGUACUCAUUGUUUCGGUUGACAUGGCGAAACAACGUUUCUUCCCCGGUUUAAACCCCGGAAAUCCGUUUCCGGUCCAAUUCAGCGUCGUCUCGUCGUUGAGUUAUUUCAUCGUUGUUACGCGUGCUUUAGACGAACUCAAUCUUUUAAGUUCCGAGCUAGGACGAAUUUCUUCGUCUAUUACGAUGCUUAACGAGAUGGUUUCAGCCGCUUUCGUUAUCAUCGGGGUCGCUACGGUGCAAAAAGAAGCCAAAUCCGCUUUCCUCGCCAUCCUUUCUUUAUGUUCGUUUAUAGUGUUUUCGCUCUUCGUGGUACGACCGAUGUUAUAUUGGGUUAUCAAACAAACACCUAAAGGGAAACCUGUGAAGGAAUCUUAUGUCGUAACGAUAUUACUGUCGACUUUUGUAAUGGGAGUGACCACGGACGCUAUAGGAGCGUCGUUUGGUGGGGCGUUUAUGGUAAUGGGAUUUAUUACACCAGACGGACCGCCGCUCGGGACGACGAUUAUACGGAAAAGCGAACUUAUUCUUCACGAGUUUUUUCUUCCAUUGUUCUUCGUUAGGAUCGGAUAUUUCACCGAUUUAUCGGCAAUACAAAAUUGGGGGGAAUGUGCGACUUUUGCAACAAUUGUUAUCAUGGGAUACAUAGGAAGGUUAAUAGCAUGUCUUGUGUUUGCUUCAUCUAUGAAUAUGAGGAAAAGCACUGCCGUUUUGCUUAGCCUUGUUUUGAGCUUACAAGGUAUUGUUGAAUUAAUUCAAUCCAUUCAAUGGAAACACCUUCAGCUAAUAGAUGAUCAAACAUAUGCAACAUCUGUGGUUAGCAUCAUUGUGGUAAAUGCCAUUAUAACCCCAAUAAUAGAAAUCUUAUACAAACCGGCGGUGGAAAAUUUCGAUGUGCUCCGACUAGGCACCAGGUCGCUCGGGACAACAUCGAACGUCGGCGAGUUACGUAUCAUUACAUGCAUUCAAGAUGAAGACAAUGUCCCAAGCAUCAUUAGCCUACUUGAAGCAUUGAACCCACAAGAAAUUAGUCCCUUAUGUGCCUAUGUGAUCCAUCUUGUCGCGGUAGCUAGCCAAAGUGUUCCAACAUUAGCCCCUUACAAGAACCACUUACGGAAAUUCGUCCGACCGAGUGUCUCCGACAAUAUCAUCCGAGCUUUCCUUAACUACUCUGAACACUCGAAAGGACCGGUUCAGAUUCAGCCCUUUCAAAUGAUUUCGCCAUAUAAGUACAUGCACCAACCGAUUAGUCGGCUCUCCGAUAGAAUACAUGCACCACUAAUUAUAGUACCAUUUUUUAAAAGCGAAGAAGCACAUAACAUUGACGGUACGUUGCGCAUUUUCAAUACUAACAUCCAAGCCACGGCGAAAUGCACGGUGGGGUUACUUGUUGACCGUGGGCUAAGGAGCUCGAUUUUAACCACUUUUUCCUACAACAUGGCGGUGAUUUUCAUCAGCGGAGGCGACGAUCGAGAGGCUUUAGCGUUGGCGAGUCGCGCUUCGUGUCAAACGAAUGUUUCAAUUACGGUCUUUAGGAUUAAUUUAGGAGGGACUUAUACAUUAGAAGAUCAAAUAGAAAAAGAAGCGGAUAACGCUUUGUUUAGAGAUUUUGAAGCUAUGAAUCUAAACAAUGGUCGUGUUGAGUGUCUUGAAUGGAUGGCGGAUGAUGUUGAGGAAGUAAUGAAAGCACUUCGGUCAUUAAAAAGUGGAUAUGAUCUCGUUGUUGUAGGGAAACACCAUGCGAACCCGGAGUUACAAGCGUUGGAGAGUUGGGUGCAAUAUUCGGAGCUCGGGGUUAUUGGCGACGCCAUAGCAACGUUGGAUUUCUCCGGGGGGAAGAUGUCGGUUUUAGUGUUGGAACAUCAUCAUCGUCAUGAUGAUAACCAACGAAAAUUUGAUAAUUGUAGUUACUUUUCUUUUACCUAG